UCAGGCGGCGCGUCAAGCGUCAGGAAAUGUGCCCGUAGAGGCUGGUGGCCGCUCUCAGGUUUUUCUCCGUGAUUUGCGGACAAGUUUAUUAAAUCUACCUUUUUCAAUUCUCGUCUUACGCCGGGCCUCUCCGGGAGCUGGGGCUUUUCCAAAUCUUCCGAAAUUUUCGCAGCGUUCAAUUUCAAAUCGGUGAAAAGUGCUCGCAGCGCCAAAAUGCCCAACCCUGCAAAUGAAAAUACACCGAUGGAGAUCGACGAGGACAGCUCCGAGAAGAAUACGAAGAUGUCCGGAAGCACCAUGAAGGUCAUGGCAUCUUCGGGUAUCGUCGGUUCCGUAUCUGUCAGCUUGCAUCCGCUGGUGAUCAUGAACAUCAGCGAGCAUUGGACCAGGCUCAGAGCUCAGGAAGGCAGUGAUCAAUUGGUGUAUGGUGCUUUGAUCGGCAAACAGAAGGGUCGUAACAUAGAAAUUAUGAACUCGUUUGAAUUGCUGUUUACCUGUAUCAGUGAUGAUGUCAUAAUCGAUAGAGAUUAUUAUAAUAUAAAGGAGGAGCAAUUCAAAUUAGUUUUUAGUGAAAUGGACUUUCUGGGUUGGUACACCACUGGUGAUAUGCCUAAUGAGAGAGACAUAAGAGUGCACAAGCAGCUCUGCGAGAUAAAUGAAAGUCCUGUAUUGUUAAAAUUAGAUCCAAGACCAAAAAAUACAGAGCAUCUAUCCGUCUCCAUGUACGAAUCAGUGAUUGAUUUAGUUAACGGCGAAGCCACCAUGUUAUUUGUUCCAUUAACUUAUACGUUAGCGACGGAAGAAGCUGAGAGGAUUGGUGUCGAUCAUGUACAAAGAAUGUGUAAUAACGAUCAAGGCGAAUGUUCAGUAGUGGCUGAACACUUAACAGCGCAACACAGUGCCAUUAAAAUGUUGCACGCUAGAGUAAAGCUCGUCCUAAGAUACGUACAGGCUGUACAAAAUAGAGAAUUGAAAGGAAAUCACGAGGUUCUUCGAGUGGCUUGUUCUUUAAGUCAUCGACUGCCUGUUUUAAACAAUCCAAAGUUUAAAGCUGACUUUUAUAAUCAAUGCAACGACUUUGGUUUGCUGACAUAUCUCGGUAUCAUAACUAAAGGAUGUAAUAAUAUAAAUCAAUUUGUCAACAAAUUCAACAUUCUGUACGAUAGACAAGGCGUGGGCCGACGUCUACGAAGUCUCUUCUUCUGAUGUGUAAAUGGAAUCUGUUGUUUUUAUACGCAUCUUUUUUACGUUUUAGAUAUGUAAGUAUAGAUAAGUAAGAUAUCGAACUCAGGUUAAAGUUGAAACAGCCAAUUUAAUCAAGAGAAUUUGAAUAUUCUAGACACACACAUAUAUUGUAUCAAAAAUAAAUAAAAAAUAAGGAAAUUAUAAAAGUUACAUAGCAGUUUUUUGAAGCAAGAUAUAACGGGAAAUGAUAGCAAGUAACGAUCCAAAACACGUAGUAUUUCGUCGGUAAUAUUAUUUGAAAAUAAUAUUUAUUGAAUGCUGUCUUGUAUAAGUGCUUUAUGUUUAACAUAUUUCAAUUGACGUGUGAUAUUAAUAAAAACUGUGAUGCAUUCAUAAGAAA